GCCUCUACCUGAGCAGGUAUCAGCCGUGUGUGUGCGGAUCUGUGAAGCUGCUGAGAGUGUGUGUGUGCAGUCUCUCGGACAACUCUCACCCCGAAAAAUCCCUCUUAAUACCGAAAAACAGCCCAGAGCGCACAGAUUAUGGAGAUUAAAUGUGUCCUCGUGCUCUGUUGCGCCUGCCUGUGCGCGUUCACCAGCGCGCAGCAACACAAAGAGGAGAUUUUCGCGAAAGUUUUGGAUCUGGUGUCUCCAGGUGAGGAGUACCUGUCAGAGGAUGCGCUGGUGUCGGUGUUUGAGCGGCUGGAGAACCGUGUGCAGUGCUCCGGUGUGUCGUGUGGAAAGUGUCUAUCAGUGGAUGAUCUGCAGCAGAUCUUGAGGAACUACAACAGUUCUCAGGGUGUCCAGAUGCAGGAUUUCUUCACGCUGGCUCCUGCAUGCUGUUUAUUUCUGAGAGAUCCGAUCAAGACAUGUAAAGCCAUACAGGACGGCCAUUGGGGGACAGAGACGCAAAACUUCAUCGAAUACCUCUAUGGCCACAAUCACGAUCAUAACUUCACCACCGAUUAUCCUCCUCAUGGAGACCUCACAGAAUAUGAGGGUUUGGAGAAGCUGUUUUACGAUAUGGAGGAACACUAUCAGCCUGACACUCAGCAGGCCUGUCUGUCUAUGAAGGACGUCCUGGAAGAGAGCAGCUACCCUCAUGGAGACCACAUUCACAUAGAACUGAGCGCUGUGCUGGGAAACGUCCUUUAUCAUGCCCUGCGUGGAGACUGUAUGAAAGCACACCACCUUCCUGAAUCACAGUACUUCCUGGAUUAUAUCUUCGGCCAUUUUGGCUCUAAUAGUCUCACUCUUCACGAUUUUGAGGAGCUUCUGCUGAGGUUAAAUCUGGGUGGAGAAGAGCAUGACGAUCACGAAGACCAUCCUCAUCCUCAUAUUCAUCAUCAUCGUCUCAGAGAAACUCAGCAGAGCAACAGCAGCUGGGACUCGACGUGUUUCAGCGCUGAGGAUCUGUGGAGGAUCUACAGGCUCAACUCUUCAUCACUGACCAGAGAUCAGUUCACUCAGCUCAGCCCAGCUCUGGUGCAGCAGAUGCUCAGCGGAGGCUGUUCUGAGAUCAGUCCUUCACCUGUUACUCCUGAUACACUCAGCACUGCAGAGAGAUACGGAUACGCCACGCUGGCAAACCUCCUGAUCUGCCUCAUGGCUCUGUUUGGCAUCGUGGUGCUGCUGUUUUCAGCCUGUACGCAGGUCUUCGAGCUCUGCAUCCAGUUCUGCAUCAGCCUGGCCGUGGGUUCGCUGACCGGAGACGCUCUGCUGCAUCUGCUGCCCGCUUUCUUAGGCCUCCACGUUCAUGAAGAAGGAAACGAUCACAAGGACCACAACUUUGAUUAUGUGUACAAGCUGCUGGUGCUUAUAGCAGGCAUCUAUUUCUUCUACCUGAUGGAGGGCAUAUUUUCCAUCAUCACUCGCCCACAGCAUCAUCACCAUCACCAUCAUCAUAACCAUGAAGAAGACGUCUCUGAUGUUCAUCACUGCGAUCAUGGGAAAGUCAUCCAGAUGUAUCAGAGAGAGAGGCAGAAAAAAAACUCCAACUCACAGGCUGAUCUGGUGGAUGCUGAAAAAAAUGAGAAGUCCUUCCUAGAACCUAAAGUAUCCAAAAAAGAGCAGCGUCUGCUUCCCUAUAUGAUCACCAUUGGUGAUGGGAUCCAUAACUUUGCGGACGGUCUGGCCAUCGGCGCUGCUUUUUCCAUCUCAUGGCGUUCAGGUUUGGCCACAUCAUUGGCGGUCCUCUGUCACGAGCUGCCGCAUGAGUUAGGUGAUUUCGCAGUGCUGCUGCACUGUGGCGUGUCAGUGAAACGAGCACUUCUUCUGAACUUCGGCAGUUCUCUGACCUCCUUCAUCGGCCUGUACAUCGCGCUCUCCGUCUCCACAGAUUCAGCCGCAGAGCAGUGGAUCUCUGCCGUAACUGCAGGACUCUUUCUGUACGUCGGCCUGGCAGACAUGCUUCCUACGCUGAUUCACGUGGACAGUCAGAGACCGUGGCUCAUAUUUAUAUUGCAAAAUCUGGGACUUUUGAGCGGCUGGGGAAUUUUAUUGCUUUUGUCCUUUUAUGAAGACCAGAUCGGGCUCUGAAUGGGUUUUUAUUUGUGCAUUGUUUUUAAAUAUCUUUCCAGAACCUAUGAAAUGUGUGCAUAUCAUUGAGUGUUUUCAUACGGAAAUAUCAGUAACACUUUACAGUAAUCUGUCAAGUAACAAUUAUACAUAUUUUUGUUACAGUAUUUAUUAAUCUGUGUCCAUGUUUAUAAAUCCUGUUAAUUUGCAUCUAACGUUACAUCUUGAUCUGGUACUUUCAAUAAUAUUAACAUAUUUUCUGUGAUUAAUAAUGUGGAAAUUAGUGUGUACUAAGAUUAAUAAAUAUUUUUGAGGUAUUUUUCUGUCUUAGUUCAUGUUAACAACCUGAAACUUGUUGUAAAGUGUUGCCAGAAUAGUUUUAUUUUAGUAUUUAAAAUAAUAAUUCAAUUGUUUUGUAAAAAAAAAUCAGGUUUUUGCACUUUAAAGCAAAGAAAACUUUAGUAUUAUUUCUCUAUUAAGUUUUUAUUCUACAUUGUUCAUCAUUAUGGAUCAUAAAUUCACUGUUUAUACACCAACUUUAAUGUUUGUUUAUUAGUAAAUACCUAUAUGAUAUUUCUGUACUAUAUUUUGAACUGAAAUGUUUUAAAUAUAUCUGCUGGAUACACUUUUAAACCAUAAUAGUUUAUAAUACAUCACAGUCAGUGUGAAGGAUUUUCACGUUUGAUUGUCUGGUGUGUUUUGUAGAAAUGAAAGUUGUAAAUAAAUCCAAACAAUACUUAAUA